GCUAGCAACGACGUUAUGCUUACAGCAUUCACCUAGCAGCAGCAACAUAAAACAAUUAAGAAAAUAAACAAAGCUUUUAGAAAAAGACAGCUAUGGGUAAUAAAUGUUCAUCAAAUAAGGUUGUUCCCGAGUUGGAGACGCCGUCAUCACCAACACCAAUACCUUGCCAGAGGUUGACAGUAGACAAGCAGGCCACUCUGCGUGAUAUAAUUUACGGCACUGUGUCCUUGCCCUUGACCAAACCUAUUUCGCCAAGAGAAUUUGGUUAUUCGUACGACGAAGAAGAGCCGGUUGUCAUUGUAAUAUAUGAAGAUGAUACAGACGAAGAAGAGGAAGAACUCGAAGAAAACGAAGAAGAGGAAGAAGACAACAUCGGUACAGUGCAGUUGUUCUGGUGAGCGCAACUGUUCUUUUGAAUAGAAAAUCUUGAUGAACAGAUGAUCUUGUGAACCUCUUCUAUGUUUUGGAACUAUUAUCAGUAUUUUAAAAUUUCUGGCAAAAACACUGGAAUAUUGCGGAGCAUUUAUCAGUGCGAUAAACAAGAUGGUCUGAUGAAAGACUGAAAUAUUGGGUAGCAUUUAUCAUUGCCAAAAAAGUUGAAAUGGUGAACGACUGGAAGACUAGAGAGAGUUUAUCUAUCUGUAAUAUACAAGAUAACUUGGUGAACGACUAGAACAUUAAGAAGCGUUUAUCUGUAAUAUACAAAAUGAUCUGGUGAACGUCUGGAAUAUUUAGGAGCGUUUAUGAUUACCAAAAAAUUUGAUGUGACGAACGACUGGAAGACUGGGGAGCGUCUAUCUGGGAUAUACAAGAUUACUUGGUGAACGACUAGAACAUUGAGACGCGUUUAUCUGUAAUAUACAAGAUGAUCUGGUGAACGAUUGGACUAUUCAAGAGCGUUUAUCUGUAGUAUACAAGAUGAUGUGAUGAACGACUGCAAUACUGAGACGCGUUCAUCCGUAAUAUACAAGAUGAUAUGGUGAACGACUAGAAUACUGAGACGCGUUCAUCCGUAAUAUACAAGAUGAUGUGGUGAACGCCUGGAAUAUUGAGACGCGUUUAUCUGUAAUAUACAAGAUGAUGUGGUGAACGACUGGUAUUGAGAGGCGUUUAUCUGUAAAAUACAAGAUGAUGUGGUGAACGACUGGAAUAUUGAGACGCGUUCAUCUGUAAUACACAAGAUGAUGUGGUGAACGACUGGAAUAUUGAUACGCGUUCAUCUGUAAUAUACAAGAUGAUUUGGUGAACGACUGGAAUAUUGAGACGCGUUCAUCCGUAAUAUUCAAGGUGAUGUGGUGAACGCCUGGAAGACUGAAGAGCGUCUGUCCGUAUAUACAAGAUGAUGUGUUGAACGACUGGAAGACUGGGGAGCGUCUAUCUGUGAUAUACAAGAUUACUUGUUGAACGACUAGAACAUUGAGACGCGUGUAUCUAUAAUAUACAAGAUGAUCUGGUGAACGACUGGACUAUUCAGGAGCGUUUAUCUGUAGUAUACAAGAUGGUGUGAUACAAGAUGAUGUGGUGAACGACUGAAAUAUUGAGACGCGUUUAUCUGUAAUAUACAAGAUGAUGUGGCGAAUGCCUGGAAUAUUAAGACGCGCUUAUCUGUAAUAUAAAAGAUAACUUGGUGAACGGCUGGAAUAUCGAGACGCGUUUAUCUAUAAUAUACAAAAUGAUCUGAUGAAUGUCUGAAAUAUUCAGGAGCGUUUAUCAUUGCCAAAAAAGUUGAUAUGGCGGACGACUGGAAGACUGGGGAGCGUCUCUCUGUGAUAUACAAGAUUACUUGGUGAACGACUAGAACAUUGAGACGCGUUUAUCUGUAAUAUACAAGAUGAUCUGGUGACCGACUGGACUAUUCAGAAGCGUUUUUCUGUAAUAUACAAGAUGAUGUGGUGAACGACUGGAAUAUUGAGACGCGUUCAUCCGUAAUAUACAAGAUGAUGUGGUGAACGACUGGAAUAUUGAGACGCGUUCAUCCGUAAUAUACAAGAUGAUGUGGUGAACGCUUGGAUUAUUGAGGAGCUUUUAUCUGUAAUAUUCCAGAUUAUCUGGUGAACAACUGAACUUUUCAGUUAUGUGUAGUAUACAAGGUGAUCUGUGAACCACUGGAAUAUUCAGGAACGUUAGAUGUUGAGGAAUAUGUGCAAUCUUCAAAAUGAAAUGGCAAAUACUUGACAGUGGAUUAGUAAAAGUAACAGCAAUUGACUUUCAAUCUCUGUGUUAACUAGUACAAACGCAUAAAAAGAUUUUUAUUUGUUAAAGAAAUAAUACAAGGAUACAUUUUACCACAUGACCAAAUCAUAUCAAUGCAUGUGAAUCUUAGAACACAUGAGAUAUCGUUGAUCUAUUAUCAUUAUUAUUAAUAAUAAUAAUAAUGAUUUUAUGAUCUAUUGGGCUCGGGCACCAACCAAUCCCUUGGAUUCUGCAGAUUUUAGAACACAGAAAAAACAUGCGUUAUCCCUACAUUCUAGCAUAAAACUGCUGUACUUGUCACUUACGGGGAUGUUUUAACAGGAGAGAAAACGUGUGUUAAAAGAGAGAUUCUCGCGCUCACGUGCUUUUAAAACACCUUUUUAUAUAUGCUUGUUACGUAGCAAAACGUAAACGUAUAACGGCCCCAAAACGGAUAAUUCAAAAGUAGAUGACGUCAACGUUAUAAAACAACGCAGAUAUUCCGGCGCAUUUUAAUGAAUUUUAGUGACGUUGAGGGACUGUAUAUUCAUUUAUUAGUUUAUACUAGAAUAGCGUUAGCACAUGUUCAUAUCGUGUUAUAAAUCUUCAGAAUCCUACCGGGCUCGGGCACCAACCAAUCACUCGGGAUUCUGAGAUGUUAUAACACGAUAAAAAAGCAUACGUUAUCCCUACAUAAGUACUGCCACCUUUUCCGUAAUGAAGUUUUUCCUUUAUUUCAAUUUAAACAUAUGAAAAUACAUUGACAUCGUGCAUGAUGAACUCCGAAAGUAGUAUAAGGAACUUUUAAACUUUUCAAAAUAUCUUGGUUAGUUUUGAAUUUAUUGUCACAAUAAUUGGUCAGUGUAUUUUCUGUGGUAAAUUCCAGCCAUUUCGACACCAUUGUUUGUUAAAAAAGCGAGUUUGACUUAUUUAAUUUGUGAAUGGAUUGUAACAAAACGUUCAUUAUGUCUCAGUUACAAUGUAACAACAGUUCCUUGUGAUUUUCUUUGCAAAGCUUUUCUGCCAAAGUUUUACAGAUGGAAAACCACAUUCAUUUUUGGCCAUAAAUUUGACAUCAUUGAAAUAGCUUGGAAAUUCAAAAAGGAUAUUUCGUAUACAGCCAUACUAAGAGACCAGAUAGUUCAUGGAUUUGCAAAAUUAAACCGCUAUGAACGAAUAGCCCUGCUGCGGUCUUGGGUGGUUCAAACAGUAACAAAAGAGGAUGCUUCUAAUAUGCUAAAAUACACUCGAAUUAGUAAGAAAAACGUAGAUGAUCUAAACCAAAAGCUAUUCUUUGAAAUAAUUAGCUAACUUCAUUUUUUCCAUUGUUGUAUCGUCGUCAUUCAAUAACACAAAGGUACAUAUUUAAAGAAUAAAAUCAAGUACUAGCACAACAGUUUCUAAACGGUUCUUAUAAGGCAACAAUAAUUUGAGCUUUCACUUUUGAAUGGAAUAUAAUUAUUUAUUUACGUGCAGAUUUCUACCAGAAAAAAAUGGAAAUUUGAUGAGCAUUUUGUAUUAUUUUAAUUAAAUUUCAAAACUUUUUCAACAGAAGAUGAAAUAAAUAUGUUUUCAUUUUAAUUUCCGAAGUUUGGGAAUGAUGGUGAUUUAUUUAAAAGUUUGCCUGACAGGCUGGAAUAAAUAGUCAUUGGGAUUUGGCGGCAGAAUUACACUCGACGCAGUGUAUUGUAGUCGUCGGUAUAUUUAUUGCCAUUCUGACAGAACUGCAAUGGCCUGAUGAUGCUACAUAACAUGAAAAUCUCAUUUUGUUUUAUAACUGAGGGGAAAAAAAACCUGAAAAAUCUUGCAAAUAAUUAAAAUCCUGACAUGUUAAAUAAUUCAAAAUAAUGUCUUAAAAUUAGCCUGAAAUGUGCGGUUUACUUUAAUCAUGGUCAAAUAUCUCAAAAAUGAGCACACUGACCUAUACAUUUUAUUUCACCACAUUAUAGACCAUAUCUUUAUAUACGACUGUGAGAAGUUUCAUUAAAAUCUACAUUGUGGAAAAGUUUCUAUGCGCGGAAAUGUUAUGAAAGUUGUGAUUUUCCCAUAGACUCCCAUUAAGAAAAAUUGCGCGAGGUACAAAUUUUUCAAAUCAGUCAAGCAAAAAAUCAAGCACACGACCCAAUAUUUUUUAUUUGCUGAAUUUUCUAGGUAUAUUCUGAAGAUUUAAGGGUUUAAUCAAAUUCUACAUUGUAGAAAAACAUCCGAACGUGCAAAACUCCCUUAAGUGUAUACACACAAAUACAAACGCUUCCCAGCAGAUGACCGACAGUUCCAAGAUUUGUAUACAAGCAGAACCUGGACACUUAUAGACUCCCACAUCUGACUCCUACAUCUACUUCUGGAUUUCACAGGUGUAUGUGCAUGUGUAUAAACGUGCAGAUGGAAUUUCUAAAAGCAAGUGUAAUGUUGAUAAUCACAAAUUAGAAUUUAAGUAAUGUCAGGUAUGCAAACAAAUAUCAUAUCAACUUUAUGAUAUAUGUGGGUAAAUGAAAUCGUAGUAUGCACGAUCUGAUUUGCUUGAAUUUAAACAUUGGGUUAAAUAUUCAUCCAGUAUCUGACUGGCCGGAGAAAUCAGCUGACAACACACAUUGUGAUUUGGUGUUUCUGUGAAAUUUACUAUAUGUUCAUUAGCCGAAUACGUGACAAUAGGUCCGAGAAACUGCAUUUGGCAUGAUAUUUGGAUUUCAAGAGAAGAAAUAUCUACAGUAUGGUAAAGCAGGAGUCAGACGCUUAUUUUCGUGGUAUAUACUGAAUAGAAUUUUGACGGGAAAUAGACGGCCUGAGAUACUGCGGGUCGGACGUCGUGCUGCUAAUGUAGGGAUAACGCAUGUCCGGGCUCGGGCACCUACCAAUCCCAUACCGCAGAUAUUAGAGCACGAAACAAACAUGCGCUAAAACACGAAGUUAAAAAGUUAAAAAAGUGAAUAUAUUGUCCCUCAACAUCAUUAAAUUUCCAUGAAAUGCGCGGGAAUAUCUGAGUUGAUUUUCACGUUGACGUCAUUUC